AUGCCUGACAAUGCUGUCUAUGAACAUGAUCAAAUCUCUGAGGAGACGGGCAGGAAUGGUCAAAACGGGUCGAAGAUCAUCAUGAUGGAGCCCAUGAAGAAGCAGCACGGAGCCACGGUCAGUUUCCACAGCAUCCGCUAUAGAGUAGAGCAGAAGAACGGACCUGUCUGCAGGAGAACAGCAGUCCAGAAGGAGAUCCUGCUGGACCUCAACGGGAUCAUGAGACCUGGUUUAAAUGCUAUUUUGGGUCCUACGGGAAGUGGCAAAUCUUCGUUUUUGGAUGUCCUUGCUGGCAGGAAGGAUCCCGCUGGUCUUUCUGGUGAAGUUCUCGUCAAUGGAGCUCUACAGCCGCCCAAUUUCAAAUGUCUUUCUGGCUAUGUUGUCCAGGAUGACAUUGUAAUGGGCACUCUAACGGUGAGAGAGAACCUGAGUUUCUCGGCUGCUCUGCGUUUGUCUUCUCAUGUCAGUCCCAGAGAAAAGGAAGCAAGAGUCAACCAUCUCAUCUCAGAGCUGGGUCUCAACAAAGUCGCAGAUGCAAAGGUGGGCACUCAAAUGAUCAGGGGUAUCUCGGGUGGAGAGAGGAAGAGGACCAGCAUCGGGAUGGAGCUGAUCAUCGACCCCUCUGUGCUCUUUCUGGAUGAACCCACCACCGGUCUGGAUGCCAGUACAGCUCAUUCUGUGCUGCUGCUGCUCAAGAGAAUGGCAGGUCAGGGACGCACCAUCAUCAUGUCCAUUCACCAGCCACGCUUCUCCAUCUACCGGCUCUUCGACAGCCUCACCCUGCUGGCCAACGGCAAACAAGUCUAUCACGGACCUGCUCAAGACGCCCUCGACUACUUCAACAACAUCGGAUUUGCUUGUGAAGCUCAUAAUAAUCCGGCUGAUUUCUUCUUGGACGUCAUCAAUGGCAGCUCAGGGAUGAAGACUCAGAAUAAUGGAGAUGCGGAGUGUGACGUGUCCGCUGUCAGUCGUCAGUCUGUGGAGGAUCAGCUGAUGGAGAAAUACAGAAACUGCAGCUUCGCUCGAGCCGUCAGAGCAGAGCUGGAUCAUAUCAUCCAGAGUAAAGACAGCAGAGUCACAGCCAAAUGCCACAGUAUCACCUACAGCAGCUCCUUCUGCCAGCAGCUUCACUGGGUCUUAUGGAGAACCUUCUGGAAUCUCAUGCUCAACCCACAGACUUCAAUAGCUCAGUUGGCAGUCACGACUCUGAUGGCGGCCAUUGUUGGUGCCAUCUUCUAUGGAGUCAAAGAUGACCAGAGCGGCAUACAAAACAGGUUUGGUGUUUUGUUCUUCAUCACGACGAAUCAGUGUUUCAGCACACUCUCGGCUGCUGAGCUCUUCAUCACAGAACGCAAGCUGUUUAUUCAUGAAUACACAAGUGGAUACUAUAGAGUGUCUGUGUACUUCCUGUCUAAGAUCCUGUCUGACAUCAUCACUCAGCGCACAAUCCCAAGUGUAGUCUUCAGCUGUGUUGUGUAUUUUAUGAUAGGCUUGAAGCCCACGGUGUCUGCAUUCUUCAUCUUCAUGUUGACGGUGAUUAUGGUGUCUUGCACGGCGGCGGCGAUGGCCAUGGCAAUAUCAGCUGACCAAUCUGUUGUGGCCGUCGCUAACAUCUUCAUGACCGUCAGCUUCAUCUUCAUGAUGAUCUUCUCUGGUCUGCUGGUCAAUCUGAAGAGCAUCAUGGACUGGCUCUCCUGGCUGAAGUAUCUCAGCAUCCCUCGAUACGGCCUUGAGGCGCUGGAGAUCAAUGAGUUUGUGGGCCUGAGGUUUUGUGGAAAUGUGUCUGCUGUGAUGAGCAGUCCUGCUGCACACGUCCUCAUGUGCACAGGAGAGCAGCAUCUGACCUUUCAGGGAAUCGAUUACUCGUCCUGGGGUUUGUGGCAGAAUCAUGUCGCUCUUACAGUCAUGACGUUGAUCUUUCUCAUCAUCGCUUACAUCAAGCUCAGAUUCAUACCUAAGUGCUCAUAAAUGCUCACCUUAG